AUGGCCGACCUCAAGAGAUCUGUUAAGCCCAUUUCACAGUGGACCGAUAACGAGCUCCUGGCUUUCAACAUUCGAGUAGAGGACGCUGGGGUUGAGGCGUUUUUCAAUAUCCCUCAGCUCCCCCCGCCAACGGCUUCUCCAACAAUUUUGAAUAAUCUUGACAAACCACCUGGGACUUUGCUCAAGAACGACCGUCUAUUUUUCGCCUAUAAACGCGACGCAGAAGGCCCGCUCCCAGUAGAAGCCCCUUUUUCCCGCCUUAAUUUUACUAUGUUCCUUCUGGAUCUCUUGGAAUAUGAUACCAUCAGAAAUAGCCUGGUCGGACUUUGGGGAAAGCUUCCCUUCCUCAUGGGUGGCCAGCGCAUUAUUGCGAAGAUCGAUCUGUUCUUGAAAAGUGUUGAUGAACUUCAUGAGUAUCUCUCGAUUGUUCACGAGGACAAACACCCAAACCAAGAUCCCGAAGCGCAAGUCAUCGCAAAGGCAAUCGUCGCCUUCCACCACAACAACUGUAAACGCAUGAAAGCAGGUUUGCAACGCCUGCCGGACAAGGAUACCUGUGCUAUCGUCAUGGAACGCACUGCACCCAUCUUUUAUCGUGUUCAUGUCACGACAGCACUUGUUGAUGCCGUCGCCGUGUUAGCCUAUCCACAAGAAGAAACAACGGUCUUGAGGUUUAUACCACCUGUCCCGAACCAGGAAAUGUAUAGUACAGAAGGAAUGCAUCCGCUGGCCAAUCGUCGUUCUGUAUUUCAAUGCCUCGAAGCCUUCAAGGCAGUUAUAGACUCAUGA